GUGAAUUCAGCAUAACUUAUAACGCCGAGAUUAAUUACGCAAGUUGAUUUUUGACAUUACAUGACGCUCACGUUGAACAUGAGCACGUCAUUGAAAACGCACCUGUGAUUUUUAACAAUUGCGUGAAAAAACGUAGCGUUACUUUAUUAUGACUGAAUCAUAAAAAAUUAUUAAAUUGUUAUCACUAUUUUUAUCAUCUGUCUAACUGAUUAACCAGCCAGUUUUAUAUUUGUUAUAAUUUUUUUUGUGAAAUAUUAACUUAAUUCAAAAAAUUUAAUGUCUAGAUUCUUCAAACAUAUUCAUUCUUAACCACCAAAAUUGAAUUUUUACACAUAUAAAUAUUUAUAUAAUAGCAUUUGAAAAAUCAAUUUUCAUUUUUAUUACCGUUAUUUACACAAAGAAUAAUUAAAAAUGAAUCAGCCAAAGAAAAGGGAAGUAAAUGGGCUAUUGAAGAAAGUCCUCCAAACUGACCAAGCAAUCACCAAAAAAUUUGUAAAAUAUGCUAAUAGUUUGAUGCCGUUUAAAUCCUUAAACAAUCAUUACAAAAUGUUAGAGAUUUCUUGCCAUGGAGUUCCAUGGUUCGCUGGAUGGCUGGCAUUUAUGUAUCUUAUAAACAAUAAGGAUUUAAUACAAAUGCAAGUUAAUUUUUUAAUAGGUUUAUUUGUGGAUGUAAUUUGCGUAGCUGUUAUUAAAGCAAUUACAAGAAGAAGACGUCCAGUGCCGAACGAUGAUGAUAUAUUUGGAAAAUAUGGCCCUGAUAAAUUUUCAUUUCCAUCAGGUCAUGCUUCACGUUCUGUAUUUGUGGCAUACUUUUUUAUAAAUUUAUAUCCAUUUUCUUUUCCUUUUUAUUUACCAUUUAUUUCGUGGUCAGUUGCUGUGUCUUUAUCACGACUCUUAAUGUACAGGCAUCAUAUUCUUGAUGUUGGGGCAGGUGUUAUUCUUGGAUUAUUAAAUGGUCUUUUUAUUGGAUUAUUAUGGUUAGGUCAGGAUUCAUGCGAAUGGAUAUACUCUUUAUUAAGUGAUGAAAAAUUAGAAGGAGGUUCAUAUCAUGUUUGAUAAAUUUAUUUCAAAAUUCAUAAAUCAAAGUGUCUAGCGAUUUAGCUCGAAAAAAUUUCCUGAAAUCCAGAACUUUAAUUUAAUUUUCCAGG